CGUACUUGCGUACCAGUUAUGUCAAUCCCUGUGUAUAUGCUACCAUAAUAAAUCAGGAAAAAAAGAAACCACAUGUGUAGUUGGAUUAUUCCUGAACAACUAUGUACACAGCUAAACAGCUCAAAUACGGCAGAGGUUUCUGUAGUAACUGCACCAGCUACUAGGUUACUGCAAUAAUAAAUCACAAGAACGGUACAGUAUCAGUACGUGGAUAUGAUUUAAAUAACGAUGUCAAGUACUUCUUUGAAACCCCCAGGUGAGUUAUCUGAUGUGGUUUGAGUACUAACAGUUUUAAAUGCUGAUCAAGUCGAAUAAAAUGGGCAGUGCUCCCUUAAGACGUAGAAACUCGGGGCGUGGCGUCCCGGUCGGAGCGUCGGAUCCGGGCAGGUACAGCGGGGUGGGGCGUCUCUGUGUGGCGGCCGGAGAACUGACAGGCUUGGCCAUGAGUGAAAAGUUCGUUUCAUUAAGUUCUCCUUUUUAGUGACCUAAGCAAGACCACAAUCAACAUGCCGAACUUGGAUAAUUGGCGUGACUGUCUGGAGGACUCGAGAGCCCUCAUGAAGACGGGCCUGGGCCUGGUGCUGGUGGGGCACAUGAACUUCCUGCCGGCGGCGCUUUUGCACGGUGCUGUGCUGCGGCACGUGAGUCUGCAUGAGCAGGCUCGGGCCACGGAGUAUGCGGUAGCCAAUGUCCUGGUCAUCAUUGCUGGCCUACUGGCUGUCGUCGCUGGGAUUCUGGCCAUUGUCAUGUCCAAAAAGAAGAAGAGCGGGCUGUGGAUGGGCAUCCUGCUGCUAAUCAGCUUGCUGGCCGGACUCUUGGCGCUUGCAUCCAUGGUGGACUUCAUUGUCAGCUUGGUGACCGCCAUCCAGAACAAAGGGCAGAAGCUCUUUACACACUGCUUGACCGUGGACAACAUUAGCUACUACAGCAUCACCACAGAGUGCCCCUUUGACCCAACACGUGUCUACGGUACCACUGUGGCUCUCUGGCUGUUUCUCAUCUUGAUGUGCAUGGUGGAGAUUCUCUUCUCCUUCCGUUGCUGCGCAGCCUCUGCCUGCUUCCUGUCUUUGUCACCUCCAUGUGGGAGGAAGAAGAAGAGAAGGAGGGUUGGCAAAAAACAGGUGACUGUGCAGCUCCCACAGGAAAUGACAUCACUGUCUCAGGACAGGCCAUCUACACAGGAGGAGGACUCUGAGGCGCAGGAGUGUGACCUGCUCAAGGUGGAUUCCACUCUUCUCCAGCUCUGAAGCAGGAACAUCUACCUCUGUACUCUGACACCCGGAAGAUUUGGGUGGGGCAGGUGCCUCAGGCUGCCGGCUAUUCAGGGGGUCCAAUGCUUCCUGCUUUUCUCUCUUUCCUCAUUUUAGUAUCAAUGCUGCUAUGAAAGGUGACAAAAGCCAAGAAGCCGCAGAACCUGAUGUUUCUCCUUGUUGGUGAGGGUGGGGUGAGGGUGGGGUGAUGGUGCAGCUCACAGUCACAGACCCAGAUGUGCCUGCACACGGUGACACGGACAUCGCACAUACACACACUGCGUGACUGUUCUGGGAAUCUUUAAAAAGGCAUGUAAUGCAGUAACAAAUUCAUUCAUUAUUCAUUAACUGUCACAGUCCUCAGUUAAAACCUCAUCUAUUCGCCUUCACACCCAAAUUCAUACAAAAGUCCGACUUUAAGAACUUCUACAGGAAACUUCAUCUGUGUGAGCUGUAUAGCAAGUUAGUGAUUGCUCUGUUAUGCUAUCACUUACCUUUUGGAUUACUUAAGUACCUUCAAGAAGCAUCAAACUUUCCAGAAGAUAGCGAAGAAGACACAGCUACACACAGGUGCUAUACUGGUUUCACAUAAGUAAGCAAAGAAGCAUGCUUGCAAUUUGUUGAAGCAUUAGUACAUCAACAACUGUAACUUGCCUGUUAUUUUGUAUUGAGAUGGUGCAUCAAUGACCUACAAACAGAAAAUGUUAAAGAAGUGUAGUGUGCUAUGCAGGGUUCAUACACUUUGUAAUGAAUGGCUUUGCAUAACUUUUCCAUUUUUUCCACCCCUAUUAAAUUCUCCACAACCAAUUUAAUUUUUUCACUUUUUAAAAACUUUCAUUUAAAAAUACAUCUGAUUUUAACAACUACACACUGCUGCUUCACUGACUCUGAAAUAUAUCUCUUCAGCAAUAAUAAAGCCAAACAUUUAAUUUAGAAAAUCUU